AUGUUUCCUGGCUUGAUCCCGCACCAGGAAGCUCCCAUUCCUCAGGAGGAGAUCCGUAGCCCCAGUCUGGUCCUCACCGCGGAUCCCAAGCCCCGCCUCCGAUGGACCGCUGAUCUCCACGAGAGGUUCGUUGAUGCAGUCGCGCAGCUCGGAGGACCCGAAAGUACCCCCCAUCCAUCUGCUUCCCAGUCUCGCAUCCCCUGCUCUUACCCGAAAUUUCCAUUUAUUUCCGAGUUUCUGUUAUUGAUUAUUGCCCACUAGCUGCGUCUUUUGUUUGCUUCACCUGCCCUCGGCGGUGGUGUUUUGGGUCUUCCGGGUGCCAUUGGUGGGCAGUUGACCAUCUUUUCUUGGGAUUUACUUCCCUUAAUCGGUUUCCAAAUUUGGAUUGAAUACUGCAGAUUUGACGGAGAUGAAUACUCUGCAUUCAUUGAUCGAACCUACUGGGUAUCAGCGAGGUUGUGUCUGAUGAUUCUAUGCGCGGCUCUCUGUUUCUGCGAAACUUUAAUUUUCAUACGUAUAUCCUUUUUAAUAUCGUUGAUUGAACAGAUGGCCGGCUUUCCUUGAGACUCUGAGCGACUUACCAUGUAUGCCUUUUGCAUACUUCUCCGCUUCAAAGGCACCUCUGUUUGUAGUUCUCUUCAUAAUUUCUGUUUCCUGGUUUAAAGUGGUUCCAUUUACUUUUGGGAGGAUUCAAUUUUGAUUUUUUUUUCUACUUUGAUUCUCUCCCUUUUUCGGGUUGCUUCAUCAUGUCCAGUACUUUCAAUCCUCUUAAUAUCUUCUCCAUUUCAGUAUAGUGAAGUGAAUCCCGAAUUGAGCUGAUAUGCCUCACAGAAUAUUGGGAAGCUGAUUAUAUUUUUCUGUCUUUUAAUAGGAUUUUCCCUCUUUUGUUAGAUUGGCCUUUCUAUUAAGUGCUGAUUAAUCCUUUUUAAGGAGACGAUUUUGUGAUUUCAUCCCCUUACUUUUUUUUUAGUGAGACUUAAAUCCAUGUAUCUGCGCUUCUGUGUAUAUUAUUUGUUGAAUUUCUUCAUCUCAUGUUUCGAUGGAUAUUCAGGAAGGUUUUCGUAUUUACUUAUAUAAUUUCAAGUCUGUAUGGUAUCAUUUUGGUUCGUAUUCUUGGUGCUUCUCGCUGAUUUUUCCUAUUCUAUCGUUUCUAUUUAAUAAUUCUCAGUGGCAUAUGUUUGGUUAAUAGAUUUAAAUAGGCGACUGCUGAUGUUUAUGUUUUUCCAAAUUAAGUGAAAAGGAUUCUCGUCGCCCAAGUUCUAUCCACCAGUUUUAUUUUCUACGCCAAUUCUGUGCUGUUUUUUCUUCAUUCACAUGUCUUUCAGAGACUUCUAUCGGUACAUGAACAGACUAGUGAGCCAAGUGCUCAGGAUUAUCUAGCAAAACUCAAUGUCAUUGAUUUGCGCUAUUUAUUAAUGUUUAUUUCACUAAGAUUCAUCUUCUAAUGUGAGGAUGUUUUUAUCAAUCUCAUUCUCUGAUUUCAUUUCUAAUCUUGUUUUCGGUCAUCAGAGUUUCAUGAGCACAUGCCAACUUGAGUAAGAUUUUUAUUUGAUGAAAAUCAAGAACAUUUUUUAACGCUGCAUUUGAAAAAAAAUGCCAUUUUAUUUUAGAAAGGAGGAAAAUAAUGCUAAAGACGAUGUAAAUCAAGCCCUCUAAGCGCAUUUCAUGCGCGAAUGUUCUGUUUUUUUUUUCUUCUAGUGGAUUGAGGAAAAACUAGUAAUCUUGCAGCAUUUUAUUUCCUAUUUCGAUGCUUAUUUCAUUGCUUAUCCCUGUUUCCUCAGGAUUUUUCAAUUUAUAUUUACUAUUUUUGUAUCUAUGCAUUAAUAUUUCACUGAGGAUCUUCUUCUUUUUUUCCUCAUAGAGGCGACACCAAAGACUAUCAUGAGGACAAUGGGCGUUAAGGGCCUCACCCUUUUCCACUUGAAGAGUCAUCUCCAAGUAAAUAAUCAUUUUGAGCUCACUCUCUUUAAAUUCUAUUUUUCGGGCAAAAAAAUGUGAUUUUAUUCAAUAUUCGCCCAUAUAAUGUCCACUUUCCCUCUGGAGCUGGAGCUUAUGCUUAUGCUUAUGCUUUUUAUGUAUCCUCAGAAAUACCGAUUAGGGAAACAAUCGGGCAAAGAAAUGGGGGAGCAGUCAAAGGGUGGUAAGCUCCCAAUUAAGGUUGAUAAUAUGCUAUUUAUUUAUUAAUAGUAGUAAAAAUUCCUAUUUAUAUCGAAAAAUUAUGAAUGAUUGUUUUCUUUCUGAUACAUUUUAUUUUUCUUGUUGUAGGUCUUUUUCGGUUUUAUUUGAUAUUUUAAAUUUCUGAAUUCACGAAUGAUUCAUAGACUUAGUUGAUUUUAACCUUUAGAUUGACCUUAUCUCGAAUUUAAAAUAGUAGUUGGUAGGUAAAAUAAAUUCAAUCAGUUCUGCUCACAAAAUUUAGGCUUAUUUAUCAUUUUUUUAUAAGGGAGGCUAUUUAAAGGAAAAAUUAAACUACUUUUAAAAUUAAAAUCCAUGUGUUUUCUCGAAUUUAAAAUUGAUACUUUUGUAGCUGAAAAUUUUCAGUGAGCUCAGUCCAGUUAUUUGUCUAUAUUUUUCACCAGUAUAAAAAAUUAGCUACUUCAAUAAAUUUUUGAAAACAUUCUCUGGAGAUGAAUUAUUGACGACCCCCUUAAUAAGAGGAGCUGCCGAUUAAAUUAUCCUGUGUUUUCUUGAGAUAAAAUUAAUCGUUCUUGGGGAUUUACUUAUGUGUAUAUGUUUAGAGAUAACAUGUUUUCUCAGAUACCAUGAUUUAGUUGUGCUCUUAGUUGGCUUCUGUGUCGACUCUAUAUAAGGUAAACAAAUUUAAAGCCUUAACGAUUAAAAAAUCAAGAUUAUGCCACGUUCAUCCCUGUUUUUUAUCAAAAAAAAAGAAAAAAGUCAGAAAACUUUCCAUAAUUAGAAAUCGAAAGAGUUAUCUUGUGUUCUUAUCAUGCCUAUAUAUAUUUUUUGGAUCUUAAUGUCAUCAGCUGCAUAUAUCUUGGAAGGCCCCAGCAGCAGCAGCAGCUCGCUAUCUCCAAGGGUGCACAUGCCGGAUGUGAAUGAGUGAGAUGACACUUUUUUUUUCCUUAUUUGGAAAAUAAAAAUAAAAAUGAACAGCUUCGAUUGAUGAAUUCUUAAACCCUCCUUGGAUUUGUGUAGGGGCCAUGAAGUUAAGGAAGCCCUGAGAGCGCAGAUGGAGAUCCAGAGGAGACUCCAUGAACAAGUGGAGGUAAAUCUGAUGGCUGAGUCUUACUUCUACCAUGCUUCCGAAUUAAAUAUUUCUAUAUUCUUUGCACAUACAUUCAAUAAAAGAUGAAAAAGAGGACUGGAUUAGGUGGAAAACAGGCAAAACCCAGGGAGAGUUCAUUGAGCUGCGAUUUCCUUGCUUAGAAAAUUAAUCCUUCUGUAGAAGAGAUCCAGUUCUUAGGCUCUCCGCCGGCGGAUUCAAAGCAAGGAGGGGGGGCUCUUCUGUGGCUGAAACUUUUGGUGGUCGCAGAGAGUUGGUGGUUUCAAUGGGUCAGCCAUGGCCUGGGCUUAGCCAAGGUCAGUCUGAGACCUAUGAACAUUGGGCUGGUCUUGGGGGUUUCAGGGGAGAGCGAUGUGGGUCAUCAAGGACGGCUCUGGGCUUCUUGGUUAUGCCUAUGUUUCGUUCAAGAGUCAAGUUUUAGGCUUAAAACCGGGAAAACUGGGCCAGGCUUCCACUCACCUAACUCAUUGACACCCCUACAGAAUGAGGGUGAUAAGUUGAUAGAUUGAUUGCUAGCGAGAGAGAGGGAGAGAGAGAGAGAGGUGGGGGGGGGCUCUGGGCUUCUGGGUUAUGCCUAUGUUUCUUUCAAGACUUGAUUUUUAGGCCUAAAACUGGGAAAAAACGGUGCCGAGCUCCAAAAUGAGGGUGAUUCAUUGAUGGAUCGAUAGUGAGAUAGAUAGAUAGAUAGCGGGAGAGGGAGAGAGAGAGAGAUGUGACUGGCACUGGGUCAGUCGCCUACUGAGAAUCCCUGUUAUUUCUAUUUUUAUCCUUUUUUUUCCUGGGGCUGGAAGCUCAUCUGGGUCCAUCUCCAACAGGUCCAGAAGCACCUGCAGAUUCGGAUGGACUCCCACCAGAAGUACCUCAACUCGCUGUUUGAGAGGGCCAUCAAGAUCGCCGUGGAGCAGAUCACAUCUACCACUGGGCUCCACAUGACCAGCGGCGAACUUGCCGACCUCCUCUCGAAGGUGGCGGUCAACGGGGGCUGUGAAGCUUCGGGCCCCUCAGCAGCUCCAUGGCCCACCGACCUGGAAGAGAAGCUCCUCCCCCGCCAGCUACCACCAGAAGACGGGCACUGCCACCGGAAAUUACUUGGCCUGAAGCAGAAACCCUGCUGA